AUGAAGGAAAAUCAGACAUGGGUCACGGAAUUCAUUCUCCUGGGGUUCUCACUCAGCCCAGAACUACAGACGCUUCUCUUCGUGCUCUUCUCCAUGUUCUAUGUCUUCACCCUGUUGGGCAAUGGAGUCAUCCUGGGGCUCAUCACGCUGGACUCCAGACUGCACACCCCUAUGUACUUCUUCCUCUCCCACCUGGCCAUUGUGGACAUCUCCUAUGCUUCCAACAAUGUCCCCAAGAUGCUUGCAAACCUUCUGAGUAGGAAAAAGGCUAUCUCUUUUAUUCCAUGCAUAAUGCAGACCUUUCUAUACAUGGCUUUUGCUCACACUGAGUGCCUUAUUCUGGUGGUGAUGUCUUACGAUCGCUAUGUGGCCAUCUGUCACCCUCUCCAUUACUCUGUCAAGAUGAGCUGGAGAGUCUGUAUCGCCCUGGCAGUGACUUCUUGGGUGUGUGGUUUCCUCCUGGCUCUGGUUCAUGUGGUCCUUAUCCUGAGGCUCCCCUUCUGUGGGCCUCAUAUUAUCAACCACUUCUUCUGCGAAGUCCUGUCUGUCCUUAAGCUGAUUUGUGCAGACACUACACUCAACCAAAUUGUCAUCUUUGCUGCUUCCGUGUUUAUUUUAGUGGGACCCCUGUGUCUGGUGCUGGUGUCCUACACUCGCAUCCUGGUGGCCAUCCUCAGGAUCCAGUCAGGGGAGGGCCGCAAGAAGGCCUUCUCCACCUGCUCCUCUCACCUCUGCGUGGUGGGGCUCUUCUUUGGCAGUGCCAUCGUCAUGUAUAUGGCCCCCAAGUCCAGCAACCCUGAGGAACAGCAGAAAGUCCUUUCCUUGUUUUACAGUCUCUUCAACCCAAUGCUGAAUCCCCUCAUCUAUAGUCUGAGAAAUACUGAUGUCAAAGGUGCCCUCAAGAGAGUUCUGGAGAAGCAGAGAGCCAUGUGA